ACAUUCAGGCUGUUUCGUAUAUUUUCUUUUUGUAUAAAGUUAUUUUCUUUAAAAAGGAGGAACUGAGGCUGCUGACUGAGGCAUACGAUUUAUUGGAUGAAUAAUUUGGAAUGUUUUGGGUUCUACUGUCAGGGAGGAGCGUGCUUUUUGUUCCUCUUCCUGAUUCCUUACUUCAAAGCGAAGCUAACUUCAUAGCUGUGUGUGAUUAUUAAUUGCGCCUUCCUAAAGGAGAAGAUGAGGGCAGGACUAGGGUGACAGGUGCCCUAGAGUGGGUUCGGGUGACUUGGUUAAGGUGGAAUCCUAGAGCUGCCUUUGAGAUGCCGUUGUGCUGUUUUUGCUGCCGCUUCUGUACCUGCUACCUAACUGAGGAUGAGAAAGAAGCAAAGGCUGUGAAUAAGGAGAUUGACAGGAUUCUCAAAUAUCAGAAAAUAAGAAAUCGCAAGGAAAUGAAAAUACUGCUCCUUGGGACAGGAGAGAGUGGAAAAAGCACAUUUAUCAAGCAGAUGAGAAUAAUCCAUGGGUUAGGAUUCUCAGAGCAGGACCGCAAGCUAUACGCUAGGCUUGUACACCAGAACAUUGUCACCUGUACACAGUCCCUGUUGGUAGCAAUGGAGACACUUCAGGUGCCCUACUCCAAGGAAGAAAAUAAGGUGAAUGCAAGGUUAAUACAAGAUUUGGAUUCCAUUAAAAUGCAGAAGAUUGAGAAGCAUCAUGCUGAAGCAAUUAGCAAAUUGUGGAGUGAUUCUGGAAUCAAACUUUGCUAUGAGAGAAGAAGAGAAUUCCAACUGUUGGACUCUGCUAAUUAUUAUUUUUCCAACUUGGAACGACUCACGCAGGACGGGUAUCAACCCACUAAUGAAGACAUUUUGAGAAUCAGAAUACCAACCACAGGAAUCAAUGAAUAUUGCUUUACUGUGGAGAAGGUGAAUCUCAGAAUUGUGGAUGUGGGAGGCCAGAAGUCAGAACGCAGAAAAUGGAUCCAUGCAUUUGAGAACCUGAAAGCUCUAAUUUAUUUGGCAUCUCUCAGUGAAUACGAUCAACAACUGGAGGAAAAUGAUAAGGAUAACCGCAUGUGGGAAAGUCUGGCCCUGUUCAGAAGUAUCUUGGUACUGCCCUGGUUUGUGAGCACUGCCAUCAUUCUCUUCCUUAAUAAGACCGAUCUGCUGGCUGAGAAGAUCAUCAGCUCUGACUUAGCCACCUACUUCCCCAAUUUCAAAGGACCACAAUGUAACGCAGAAGCUGCUAAACAGUUUAUUCUGAGCGCCUACAAUGAGAUCUUCAAGGCAACUGAAGUUCAUAAAGAUAAAAAGGAGAAGAAGUCAGUUGAGAGAAUGCUGUAUCCUCACUUUACCUGUGCCACGGACACUCAGAAUAUUCGCAAAGUGUUUAAUGAUGUAAAAGAGGCUGUGCUCAUUGACAGUCUCAGAGAUUUCAACUUGGUUUGACAGAUUGUCUAGAACUGCCAUUGACUGUAUCUUUAUGUCACCCGCGGGCUCAUCAGAAUGUCCCACAGAAAGCUAACUCUCAUGCAUAUCCCAGGGAGAUCUGUCUACCUGCAGAGGACUGCUUCUUAUACAAACCUGCUAUUUCUGUGGAAAUCAGUAUGAUAUUCCAAUGGCUACACCUAGCAACUUGCCUUUUGGAUAUGGUUUUCCUUCAUAUGCGUACUUUACAUUAACAGGCUUUCUUGCCGUCAGUUUUACUCAUAGACCAGGAGAAAAAGAAACUUUGAAGAACCUUUUCAUAGUUUUUUGAAUAUUUGGGAAAACAAUUCCAGGAACCCCAUAUAGUAGAGCUAUGAAGUAAGUGGGAAUUGACAAUGCCCAUAGGUGUGUUUUUUUGUUACUCCAGCCAAUGUAAAAAGUGCACAAAAUGCACAACAUUUUAAAACUGUUGGUGAUUCACAGAUGCCAAUUCACCAAAUUUGAUAUAUUAUUUUAUAAUUGUUCUGUUCCAUGGUAAAGUGCAGGAGGCUGAGAUACCGAAAUAUGCAAAUAUUUACAUUGGAUCAUCUAAGACCUAAAGUCUAAUUCUCACAAUUAGGUAUCCAUACCAAGCCAACUCCUCAGGACUACGUUUUACAAUGUAGGACAGACUCUUGGGAUAAUUAUGCCAAGAGGCAAGAGGCCAAAAACUGUGACUGUCAAAGGUAAAUCAGGACAGUUGAUGCGUAUGCCUUUUGCUGGUAUAGAAGGCUACAAAGAAAACCAGUGUGCAACCAAUCUAUGCAUUUCUUUAUGCUAUCAAAUAUAUCUAAUAUAUAUAAUAUUUAUUUAUACAAUGAUUUCAACUUAUUUUAAUAUUAUGUAUGUGUCACAUCUGCAGUAUUUAGAGUGAAAGGGACAUGAUACUAAAAAACGUUUCUCACUUCUGUCUAAAAGAGAGUAUUUCAAAAUGUGUUACAGUGCCUCAUUUCUUGAAAAAUGGAUGUUCUUGUGCUGAAUAAACAACUUAUUUUUGUC